GGGACCAUGGAUGCGUAUGGUUGAAGAGUCUCAUACGAGAACGAAACGGCCGUCCAAUGCUUUCAGGUUUUGAAUAGUGGUCUAGUUUCGUUUGACUCAUAAAUUCAACUAUUAAAAUUACUAUCAUCUCCACAAAUCCCCAUUCUGUUAAGAAUUAUUUUUGUAAUGACUCUAUCAUACUGGAAUGACACUUUGAAAAACCACUUGUAAUAACACAUAACUUGUUUAAAUUUCUUGUUUAUAUAUUUUUCAACUGGAUAAUGAUUAAAAUAGAUUUCAUUUGUAGAUACAAGCUUACUUUCUCGAUUGUUAGUUUAUUUCAGAACUGUUUUCGAAGUACCUUUGAAUACAAAACCGAAGAGAAAUGACAGAGCUGACCAACCUUACUUGAUUCACCUUCGAUUAUAAAAACAAUGAAUGAAUGUGACUACAAAUACUCCACAUGAGAAUUUUUUCCAGGGUCUUGAAUGCAUGGGAAUUCCUAAACAAACAAUGCAAACACCUUUUACUGCUCAAUGGAAAAUGAAGGAGAAUCUGCCUAUAAUCAACAUAUAUCAUAUAUUGACAACAUUUUCAAAUAAGAAAUUUAGAUAUUGUCUAUCAAAAGCGUUAAGCUGUAUCCUAAAAAGACGUCAUACAUAAACUUGGAACUAAGUGUUGCAUGUUAGAAAGUUACAAACUAGAUGAAUCUGGAUGAAACAAAUUCUUUUCUAUAUCUUCCUCGUUUUAGAAAAGAUUUUUUUGGAGAAAAACAAAAAUUAGCACGAUGGCAC